AUGCGAUUCACGAAGCCGGCCUGGCUGAUCCACGGCGGCGAGAAGAAGGACCAUGAGGUAUACAGCUGCCAUGUCUCGCCCGACGGCUCGCGCCUGGCCACCGCGGCAGGCGACGGACAUGUGCGCAUCUGGUCCACCGAAGCCAUCCUGAACGCCUCGAAUCCCGCCUACACGCAGCCGAAACAGCUCGCGUCCCUCUCCUACCACUCCGGCACCGUCCACUCCGUGCGCUUCAGCUCCAACGGCAAGUAUCUGGCUUCGGGCGCCGACGACAAGAUAGUAUGUGUCUACACGCUCGACCCAGGCCCGCCCACGCAUUCCACCUUCGGGAGCAAUGAGACACCUCCUGUAGAAAACUGGAGGAUCUUCAGGAGGUUGAUAGGCCACGACAAUGAUGUGCAAGAUCUGGGUUGGAGCUGCGACAGUUCUAUAUUGGUCUCCGUCGGAUUGGACAGCAAGGUCGUCGUCUGGUCAGGCAGCACCUUCGAGAAGCUCAAGACCCUUCCGCAGCACCAGUCGCACGUCAAGGGCAUCACCUUUGAUCCCGCGAACAAGUACUUUGCAACUGCCUCGGAUGAUAGGACCAUCAAGAUCUACCGAUUCACCUCUCCACCACCCAAUGCGACCGCAUACGAUCAGACCAGUAAUUUCACUCUAGAGGCUACAGUCUCUUCGCCCUUUACCACAUCGCCCUUGACCACAUACUUCAGGAGAUGCUCGUGGAGUCCCGAGGGUAAUCACAUAGCUGCUGCCAAUGCCGUCAAUGGCCCUGUCAGCUCAGUUGCGAUUAUCAAUAGGGGCAGCUGGGAUAGCGAGAUCAAUCUGAUUGGUCACGAGGGCCCGGUUGAAGUCUGCGCUUUCUCUCCUAGGCUGUUCACACGAGAUCCACCCCCGAAAGAUGCUCCGAAAGAUUAUAUUUCGCCAGCAGCGGUGACAGUUGUCGCGUGUGCCGGACAGGAUAAGACGCUGAGCGUGUGGAAUACCAGCUUUCCUCGGCCGUUCGUCACAACGAGCGAAUUAAGCGCAAAGGCGAUCAGCGAUUUGGCUUGGGGUCCGGACGGUGAAACUCUCUUCUUGACUUCUCUCGAUGGGACGAUUGCCGCACUUGUCUUUGACAAGGGUGAGCUGGGAUAUCCUGCGCCAUCCAAUGAGUACGACAAAGCGUUGGCUAAGUACGGAGCCGGGAGGCGCGUGGGCAUAGUAGAAAACACGGAUGCUCUCCGGCUGGAGGAAGGAAGCAAAGCUGGCGAGAUCAAGAGUGUAGAGGGUCGGAUGGGCGAUCUGAUGGGCGAUGGCCACGCCGCUAGCGCUUUGGCCAAUGGUAAUGAUCCAACGAAGGACUCUGGAAACAAUCCGAACACAAAUGGAACGGCCCCGGGGCCUGCCCCUGCCCCUACUCCUGCUCCUCCGAAAGAUCCUCAAGUUGAGCGAGUGGAUAGAUUAAAGCAGCGCGUCACAUUCACUAAAGAUGGCAAGAAGCGCGUGGCGCCUCUGCUGCUUUCUUCCUCGAACCAAGGAGAAGCAAACUUACCCCGGCCACAACUGCAAGCCGCUGUCAGACAAAGCGGCAUCUCUUCUGACGAGCCUACAAAAAUAUUGGACCUAAGCAAACCGUACGAUGGUCUUCCCAAAGGUGGUCUCGCCAGCCUCCUCCUAGGAAACAAGCGAAAAUAUGCCGAGAUGGCGAACGCGGACGGCGAGGAGAGGCCAAAUCAGAAACGUUUAGAAGGGAUGCAGAAGGAGGGAGCUACACCGAUCCUCCACAAUACCGAGGAUGGGCUAGUCCCUGCUUCUGCUGCGACAGCAAACAAACGACCAGUAGACGUUCCAGAAGUCUUGCGACCAGCUAUCAUCAACCCGAGUUUGGCUGUUAGUCAGACUAGACUUGCUGUGCCUCAGCUGAGAAGCGUCAUUGUCCGGCCAUUGGAUCCUAACCGGGCUAGUGCCGAAGGUGGUGAGCAGCAAGCAAAUGGCGUAGAUGCAGGAGACUCUGAUCCCUCGCUUGUGUUCGAAGCUCGAAAUGCUUCAGGUCCAUCUCGAACAGGUCGCGCACAGGAUCGGGAGCCGACUCGCAUCACACUGACAAGACGCGGCCAGACUUUAUGGCAAGACUUUCUGCCGCGAGCCGUGCUGCUAGUCACAGGCAAUCGCAAUUUUUGGGCGGCAUCCUGCGAAGAUGGGAGCAUUCAUAUUUGGACGCCUGCGGGCCGAAGAUUGAUGAACGCUGCCGUGCUCGAGGCACAGCCCGUCAUCGUGGACUGUAGAGGCUGGUGGCUUCUGGCGGUCACUGCAGUUGGUCAAUGCUAUGUAUGGAAUAUCAAGAACAUGAGCGCACCACAUCCGCCCAUCUCACUGGCACCUGCGCUGGAUGCCGCUGCUCAGUCGCAGCAAGGACACCUCACAGCAGGGCCCAGUCUGAUGUUCGCUCGCCUCAACACUCAAGGUCGAAUCAUUGUCGGCAUGAGCAAUGGUGACGGUUUUGCGUACAACGCCAGUUUGUAUUGCUGGCAGCGCCUUAGCGAAUCUUGGUGGGCAGUUGGCUCGCAGUACUGGAACACCACAGACACCUCCGUCUCGACGGUCACAUCCACCUCCAAGCCAAGCGCAUCAGACCAGCACCCGUCGUUCCUGGACGAGGUCAACCCCGAAAACAUCUCGGCGGGUAUCAUUCCCCUCCUGGAGCGCAACACCACCUCUCAAUCCCUGCUCAAGGGUCGCGCGUACUUCCUCCAACGCCUCGUCAAGCAGCUCCUCUCUGCCGAAGGCUUCGAAGGCUUCGAAUCCGCCGUCUCGAUCGCGCAUUUGGAAAACCGCAUCGCCGCCGCCCAGAUGCUGGGCGCGAAGGAUGAGUUCCGAAUGUACCUGAUCAUGUACGCCAAACGGAUCGGGGCCGAGGGGCUGCGCGGCAAGGUCGAAGAGCUCCUCAAAGGCCUUCUGGGCCAAGUGUUUGAGGGAGCCGACGGGGAUGUCGGCGUCGAAUGGAGUGCGACGGACGAAAUCGUCGGGUGGAAGCGGGAAGAUCUCCUCAAGGAAGUCGUCAUGGUGUUGGGGAAGCAUCGCGAUCUGCAGCGCAUCACGGUGCAAUAUGCGCGCUUCUUGGGCGUUUUGGACAAGCUGGAAAUGGCGGCGGCGGCGGGCGAAAAACCGGAUGGCGUUAUUAAUGGGAAUGGUGGUGGUGCGAUGAUCAUGGAUCGCUAG